CUUUGUCUGGGAGCCGCCAUCUUGGGCUUGGUGUCAGCCGCCGGGGAGGCUCCUGCGCAGCUUUGGCGGCGCGGUGGGUGCUGGGUGAUGAUGGUUGGAGGGCGCCGCCGGCGUCCCGGGGAAGCGGACCUGAUCGCUGCUAUCUCCAUGAGAGGAAGACUGCAAUAGGGCACUGGAGGAGGAGACUCAAGGAGGAGACUCAAGAUGUACCAGUUGACAGUCAGGUCACUCUCUGAAGCUCAGCUGCCUCUUCAGCCAUCAGGUCUAGGUGGCUGUGCUGUAGACUCUGUUGCCCUGUGACGUGCUGGUGCGGGGAGUUCCAUAGGGAGGACGCUCGAUGCCCUGGAAGCCAGAAAUGGGGUUGGUGUCAUUUGAGGAUAUAGCUGUGGAAUUUACCUGGCAGGAGUGGCAGGACCUGAAUGAAAGUCAGAGGACCCUCUACAGGGAUGUGAUGCUGGAGAACUACAAGAACUUGCUGUUUUUGGGGCACUGCAAGACCAAACCUGAGUUGAUCUUCAAUUUGGAGCACAGACUUGGGUCAUGGAUUGUAGGAGAAGCCUCAGACCAGAGCAUUCCAGAUUCCCAGGAAAUGAAUACCCUGACCAAGUUCUGUCCAGAAACCAAAGCAAGACAUGUGUGGCAAGUUGUAUUUGACCAUGAUACAUCAAAGGAGUUGACUAGAGUAGGGAAGGCAUUCAAUGUGAGUGCAAACCAUGUUUCAAAUGAGAAUAUAAAGAAUGAGAACCCACUAGGAAUGAGUCCUAAAAAGCUUAUUCUGUGGAAGAAUGUGUAUAUCCAUAGUGAUGUUGAUGAGCUAGAAGUUGGAGAAGAACCUGAUGAUCUUAUUGGAACUGUAAAAUCCAUCAAAUAUCCAGAGCAUGUUAGUCUAUACAAAUCUCAAAGUUCACAAAGUUAUUUUCGAAGUCUUAUACCAGGGAAAUCCUUCAACACAAAAGCAGUAUUACUGACUCAUAAGUUCAGUGAAUAUGCAAAAUCUUUAGGUGACACAGCAUUUAUUGGCAAAGAGAUGACUCAGAUAAGGGAGAAAUCUUUUGAAUGUGAUAUAUCAGAGAUAAAGUGUAACAAGUCUGACCUUGAUGAAAAUGAGCAAAUACACUUUGGAGAGAAACAUUUCAAAUAUAGUGACUUUGAGAACCCUUUCAUUACUGAAUCAUAUCUUCUAAAACAUAAGGGACAACAUGCAGGAGAAAAGCUCUUUGUUCAGGAGGAAUAUGAGUUUUCUCAGCAGUCAGAAGUGAGUCUCCAUCAGAAAAUCCACAGAGGGAAAAAGUCCUAUGAAUGUAAAAUUUGUGGAAAGUGCUUUCAUUGGAAAACGAGCUUCAACAGACAUCAUAGUACUCACACUGGUGAGAAGCCCUAUGAAUGUAAGGAAUGUAGGAAAGCUUUCUGCCAAAAGUCACACCUCACUCAGCAUCAGAGAGUUCAUACAGGUGAGAGACCAUAUAUAUGUCUAGAGUGUAGGAAAGCUUUCUAUCGUAAGUCAGAGCUCACUGACCAUCAGAGAAUUCAUACAGGUGAGAAGCCGUAUGAAUGUAAGGAAUGUGGGAAAGCUUUUUGCCAAAAGCCCCAACUCACUUUACAUCAGAGAAUUCAUACAGGUGAAAAGCCCUAUGAGUGUGCAGAAUGUGGGAAAGCCUUUUCCACCAAGUCCUAUUUAACUGUACAUCAGAGAACUCACACAGGUGAGAAACCUUAUGAAUGUACAGUAUGCAGGAAGUCGUUUAUUUGUAAGUCGAGUUUCAGUCAUCAUUGGAGAACUCAUACUGGUGAAAAACCCUAUGAAUGCAAGCAAUGUAUGAAGACAUUCUACCGCAAGUCAGGCCUGACUCGACACCAGAGAACUCACACAGGUGACAAACCCUAUGAAUGUCAAUUAUGUGAGAAGGCUUUUUAUUGCACUUCACACCUCACUGUACACCAGAGAACUCAUACAGGUGAGAAACCCUAUGAAUGUAAAGAAUGUAGGAAAUCUUUCUAUGAUAAGUCAAAUCUCAGACGGCAUCAGAAGAUUCAUACUAUGGAGAAAGCCUGUGAAUGCAAACAGUGCAAUAAAUCUUUGCUGAGUAACACUUCUCAACAUCAGACAAUGUACUAUGAAUAUGAAGAAUGUAAGAAAGCUUUCCCACAUAAAACAAAUUUUACUUAAACAUGUAAUACUUCUUAUAGGUAAGGGAACCUGUGAAUGUAAAGAACAUUGGGAAACAUUUGCCCACAAGUCAGAUCUUACUGUACAUAGGAAUACCCACAUGAGAGAUUAAACUGUAUGAAUAAACAGGGAAAGAAAACUUUGAUUUAUGCUUGUUUAUCAAAGAACUCACAAUUGACUGGCAAGUAAUUUUGCUAGGUACAUAAGUGAUUGCUUUUAAACCAACAUAAACAGAUGUUUAUGGUGGAGGGUCACUUGUACUCAGGCAACAGAGGAAGACACCAUGGCUUAAAAGAAAAUUGGGCAAAAUUUUCUACUUGAGGUUUUCCUGACAUGAUACCAGAACUCAAUGGUGUGAAACCAAUGAAAAUGAAGAAUUGCCUCAAGCUCUGAAUAGAAUUUGCAACUGAUUACUGGGUGUGUUGGUGCAUGCUUGUAAUCUCAAUACUUGGGAGGUCAAGAAAGGAGGAUCAAGAGUUAUAGUCCUUGGCUACAGAGCGAGUUCACUCCCAGCCUGUGUUACAUGGGACCUUAAGAACAAAAAACCAAAUAAUUAAAAAUACAAGAAUUUGAGAAUAUAAUGGCUUCACAAAUUCUAUAACUGACAAAGGACAAAAAUACAAUUACAUACCUUAAUGCCAUUUGAAUCAAAUAUGCUAUAUGAGUCCUAGUCAUAUAAGUUUUGUAGAAACGUGGAACUUUGUGGAAAUCAUGUUACUGGACAUCACUUCACUCAAAACUGAGCCCACUUGAAUUUAAGCAGUUAGGAGGGCUGUGGAUGUAGUUCAGUGGCAGAAUGCUUGAUCAAUAUAAAUGUUGACUUUUAUGUAGAUUACCUGUUACCACCUUAAAAGUUUUAUUGUAUUUAUAUGUGCAUACAUUCCAUAUCACAUAUGUCAGGGUCAGAGGACAAACUCUUCAAAGUUAUUUCCCUCCUACCUGGUGGGUUCUUCGUAUCAAACUUAGGUUGUCAGACUUGGCAGCAAGUGUCUUUAGCCUUCGUCUGAGCCAUCUACUGCCCUUGUAUUUUAUACUCAUCAAUUUUUGUAAAAUAAGCACUUCUGGAGUUAUUUCAGUCUGUUCAGAAUUCUUUAAUGGGUAAGGACAUUUCUUUGAUCAUUUUAAGUGAAGUUUCCCCAACUUUUCAAUUUGGAGAUAAGGUCUUGCUACAAACACCCUGGUUGAUAUCAAAGUCCUGUUCUUACCUGUGAGUGCUUUGAUUACAUGUAUGUGCUACUAUGCCCAGCAUAACAUUUUAAGGCUUAAAAAAAACUAAGAAUGAAAACUUCUGGAGCUUUUUUUGGCUGCUGUCUCUAUGGUCUAAAUGCUCCAUCACUGUGUUACAAAAACAUUGAACAAAUGAAAGAUUUGAUUUCACAGUACGGUGAAAGGAUGCCAAAUCUGUCAAGAUCCAGAAGAAUGCGGGUCAUGUGAAGUUCAAAGUUCACUGCAGCAGAAACCUAUGCCUUGAUCAUUACAGUCAGGGAAGCUGAAUCAGAUAAUGAAGGGGCCGAAAUAAAACACAUCUUCAUUUGGAUUGUAUUAAAAUCCUACAAUGUAAAAAAAAUCUGUUCGUAUAACUUGAGUGUUAAUUGGAAGUAAUAAGUUAUUUAAAAAUUAUUUCAAAUUGUGUUUAGUUGUGUACAAAUAAGCAAGAUGGUCAUUCCAGUCAGCAUAAACUGGUCUCCAAUCUGGGACACUUGUGGUUGACAUAAAUGAAAGUUAAUAGUUAAUACUCAAAUCUAGUGAACAAGCUUGAACCACAUCUCAAAUAUAAUUAUGUUCUAUAUUAUAUAUUUUGUUUUAGAAAUCUGAAUUGAGUGCACUCAGAAUAAGUACAGAAAAUUUGUUACAUGUGUAACAAAUACAUUGGGAGACUACUUAAGAGGUAGGGUGCAUGCCCUUUUAUGUUUGUAGUUCUGAUUGCAAUUUCAGACAUAAGUAUUAAGAUGCUGUGGUUGUAUUAGUUAACUUGGUAUUACUGUGGGCAACUAUCUGAUAGAACCAAGUUAAGGCUGUACAUACUUAUUUUAGAUCAUAAUUUCAUAUAGUCAAGUUACUUGACCUCCCCCCCCCCCUCGACCA